AUGGAGGCUAUCAACGCUACAUAUGUAGCUCAGCCUGCGAACCCAAGCGAAAGCGACAUAGAUGUGCAGCCACUAUGGAUGGCCUUUGUGCACAAUCAUACGGCGCAUCUAUCCGUUCCACCUUCGCAAUCAACGUCUGAGUCUAGGGCUCAGACGCAUGCUAGUUUACAGGCUCACUUCAACGCGUCGCAUGUGGUGCAGAGCAAACUCGGGCAACGCAUGAAUUGGCUCACUCCCAUCUAUACACUCCCCGACGAAGUACUAGCGCGUAUCUUCGUACUUGUGUGCGCCGCUCGGACGCCAAAUGCCGCUCUCCCGACCGACCUGAUGACUGUUUGCCACCGGUGGUGUUCCAUCAUCAGAGGCUUUCCUGGUACUUGGGUAUACCCCCCUCUCUACACGUCUCGCGACAAGGUUACCGCUCUCCUCGCAAGAUCGAAGUCUUCUGCACUCCAUCUUUGCUGGGAACACCCUAGCUUGUCUGCCAUCGUCUUUCAGUCUGCGCACCAAUCCGUAGACCCGAUGGGCGUUCUCUCACCGCUGGUGGCACGAUCAUGCACAAUCAAGUUGGAAGCUUCGAUCCCAGCACUUCUCGGGCUUAUAAACCAGUUUGGCGAAGAUACCCCAGCCGUCAACUUGGAGAGCCUCGAUGUGAAUGUGGAUUCGUCGGGGCAAACACCUACCCCCACACCGCCGAUCUACAUGACGCCCGCUAUCUGGCCCAGGUUAAUGUUCGAUACACCCCAGCUACGCCAUCUUAGGCUCUCCAACUUCGGCUACUUCGAUUGGAGCCAUCCGCUUCUCUGCGAUACUCUGACAUCGCUUGAGGUCAGCUUUUUUGAUCACUCUCAAGUUUUCGUCAAUCCAUUCAACCACCCUGGACCCAUCGAAGCCGCGCCAUGCUCCUAUGACCGCCUAUUAGACGUUCUCGAUCGGUUGCAAUCGUUGGAAGAGCUGGUACUUCUUCGGUGCCUCUCGACCGCGCUGCUUUUAGGCCCACCUGUCGACGAGCGCAGAAAGGUGGCCAUGAAGAACUUACGGGUGCUGAACGUCUUCGAUACCUCUGGGGCGUGUGCAGUUCUCAAUCGAAACUUAGCUCUCUCGCGAGAUGCUGUCGCAUUGUACAUGUUCGGUUGGGCCGGGCCGGUGGACUCGAGCAACAUCGCCAAGCUUGGCGAUUCGUGCAUCUCGUAUGUCGAGGCGACCAAGUGGACCGUGCUGCAUGUUGUCAUCAACACAAGUCCUGAUAGGGGGAGAAGUAUCGGUUUCAAUUUCUCGCAAGAGGGACGAACUGGCAAAGUAGCUCUAAGCGCUCUGCUACCCCCGCCCAUCAAUUCGCCCAACCUAUUCGCGGACAUCCCGAAUCGAGAUACCUGGCACCACGAGAUCAUCUCAACCAUGGCCGAAAACCUACCUCUGGACAAAGUCCGCGGACUUGAUAUCGAGUUGGACGCAUCACUGCCACCUUUACCAUGCUCUAUGUGGCUAAAUUCGUUAUCCCGGGCUUGUAACACUCAAGAGCUUGUCGUCGAAGCACGAGCGGCGCCCAUUUUGUCCAGUAUCCUUCGCCGUCGUAUCGCGGACAGCGACAGCUCAGUGUUGCCUUUCCCGCACUUGCACGAGGUGACGAUGGUCGGGGGAUCGCAGCGCGAGCUCAACCUUCUCAAAUGGGCGGCCGAUCAGGCCGUCCGUACUGGCGAGCGUUAUCCCUUCGGGAUCACAUUCCCGGAUGUCAAGAUCGAGCACUUUCCGGGAGGCCCAGUUGUUUACCGCCGCGCCAAUGGAAAGAAGCGGAUGAUCUAUGUUUAUGGGAUAUCGGACGAGAGGUAUCAGCCGAGGACGAACUCUGAAAGCGCCUCGAAAGCGCUCCAGGAUCGGGAUCAUAGAAGACGAGCAAGAAAGUCGAUGAUCUGA